UUGCCUCCAGUUUCCCAUGAUGCAGAAAACAACACUCCGGGGGAACAGCUGGCAGACUUGCCCCAACACACCACCCUGAGCCAGGGGAACCGGUUUCAGAUCCGCCCCCAACACGCCCACCAGCGGCACGCACCACGAGGCACCCCUUCAGUGUCCUCCUAGCGCUCCGUGCUCCAUCGACGAGCCUCCAUCAGCCAGCAUCCGUCCGCGAGCGUCCAUCGGCCUGUCUGUCUGUCUCUCGCGUGCACAGCCGCUCCACAUUCCCCGAAAGAUGAAGAGGAGAAACCCACCUUUAAGCAAGCAGAAGUCCACCCCCUCCCUGGGGAAGGACGUGCAACGGCUGUUUCCCAAGAUGUCCCUGUGCGAGGUGGAUGAGGACGUGCGGCAGAAGGUGGAGAAGGUCUUUCACAUGAUGUCGAAUCUCGCCAUCGCCGAAGAGCUGCCCAUCAGUGUGAACCAGGCGAAGGAGCACGAGCUGCUCAAGGAGCUGGCGGAGCAGCGCUCGGAGGAUUGUGUCAGGAGGAGGAAAAGCUUCAGGAUGAUGCGCUCCAUGUCCAUGCAGGCACCUCCUGAGGGAGAGGGUCCCCCGUCCGCAAGGACACUGAUGGAUUCCUCCUGCGCUGGCCCCACUUCCCAGUGGGAAAUUACCCCAGAAUACCAGAGGGUGACUAUCAGCGGAGACUACUGUGCUGGGAUAACGGUGGACGACUAUGAACAGGCUGCCAAGGCCCUGCUGAAGGCCCUCGUCAUCCGGGAGAAGUACUCCAAGCUGGUGUACCACCGCUUCCCCCGGACCACCGCCCAGUUCCUGCGCAGGGCGGAAAACAAGAAGUGGAGCGUGGAGGACGAGGUCCUGCCAGAGAUGUACCCCAGCCCCAAUAAAGGGGUGGACCCCUACAGCACAGAGGGCAUCCCCGAGGACCUCCACUACAAGCUGAGUCUGAAGGAUGGGGUGGUGCACGUGUACAAGGACGACGAAGCACUGCAGCAAGAGCAACCGCACAGCCUGCCCUACCCCGACCUGGAGACCUUCGCCAUCGAUCUCAGCCACAUCCUUGCCAUGAUCGCUGAUGGGCCUACGAAGACGUACUGCCACCGACGUCUGAGCUUCCUAGGAUCGAAGUUCAGCCUGCAUGAGAUGCUCAACGAGAUGGCUGAGCUCAAGGAGCUCAAGUCUGUGUCACACCGAGACUUCUACAAUGUCAGGAAGGUGGACACCCACAUCCAUGCCGCCGCCUGCAUGAACCAGAAGCACCUGCUGAGCUUCAUCCAGAGCACCUACCACAACGACGCGGAGCGUGUGGUGCUGGAAAAAGACAACAAGAAGCUGACCCUCAAGGAGGUGUUUGCCAAACUGAAGAAGGACCCCUAUGACCUGACCGUUGACUCGUUGGACGUACACGCUGGACGACAAACGUUUCAUCGCUUCGACAAGUUCAAUGCCAAGUACAACCCAGUGGGGGCCAGUGAGCUCAGGGAGAUCUACUUGAAGACUGACAACUACAUCAACGGGGAGUACUUUGCAUCUCUCAUCAAGGAGGUGGCCUGUGACCUGGAGGAGAGCAAGUACCAGUUUGCCGAACCACGCCUGUCCAUCUACGGCAGGUCUAUGAGCGAGUGGAAGAACCUGGCCAAUUGGUUCAUCAAGCAGAGGAUGUGCUCGCCCAACAUGCGCUGGAUGAUCCAAGUUCCCAGGAUUUACGACAUUUUCAGAGUGAAGAACCUGAUCCCAAACUACGCGAAGCUGCUGGAGAACAUCUUCCUGCCGCUGUUCCUGGCCACCGUGAACCCGCAGCAGCACAAAGAGCUGCACGUCUUUCUCAAAUACGUCACCGGGUUCGACAGCGUGGACGACGAGUCCAAGCACAGUGACCACGUGUUCUCCUACAAGAGCCCCAGACCCGAGAGCUGGACCACGGAGGAAAACCCGCCCUACAGCUACUACCUGUACCACAUGUACGCCAACAUCAUGGUGCUCAACAACCUGCGCAAGCAACGAGGCUUGAACACCUUCCAGUUCCGUCCGCACUGCGGGGAGGCCGGCUCCAUCACCCACCUGGCCUGCGCCUUCCUUACUGCCGACAACAUCUCCCACGGCCUCAAGCUGAAGGAGAGUCCCGUGCUGCAGUACCUGUACUACCUGGCCCAGGUGCCCAUUGCCAUGUCGCCGCUCAGCAACAACAGCCUCUUCCUGGAGUACUCCAAGAACCCGCUGCGCGAGUUCCUGCGCAAGGGGCUCUGCAUAUCGCUGUCCACGGACGACCCCAUGCAGUUCCACUACACCAAGGAAGCCCUCAUGGAGGAGUACGCCAUCGCAGCGCAGCUCUGGAAGCUGAGCACCUGCGACUUGUGCGAGAUCGCCCGCAACAGUGUGCUGCAGAGCGGCCUCUCGCACCAGGAGAAGAAGCUCUUCCUGGGCGAGCGCUACCUGUGGGACGGGCCGGACGGCAACGACAUUCGGCUCACCAACGUGGCCCAGAUCCGCAUGGCCUACCGACUCGAGACACUGUACAAUGAGCUCAGCUUCCUGCUGGACGCCAUCAACAGCGUCCCUAGUGCCGCAACGACCGAGUAGGCUUGACUCUAGAGAGGAGCACCGAGCCAUGUGUGUUUGGGAUCAAAACCCGCACCUGUAACACCUCUGGAGAAGGUCAUGCACGCACACAUACACACACACACACACACACACACCACUCUCUGGGUUUGUCUGCUUCACUUAUCCAAAUGCAGAACAACUUUAUUAUGUCAAUUAUUACUUUGCUUUCCUUCCACAAAGGUAACGUGGCCAUUGUAGUACCACAUGGGUUCCACUAGGCAGCAGGUGCUCGGACUGAGGAAAUGGGAGCCCCCGUUGGGCCCUCGGGGUCCGAACUCUCUGCCUGUCUUUGUUAGACACGGCAAAGGCUGUGCAAAUCACUGGCUGUCCUGUGCUGCUCGGCAGGAGGAAAUAACUCCAUAAGUUAUUAAGUUAACUUCUUAAUAAAAGGGAGCUUUUCAGCCCAAUGCAGAGGAAAUGGUGAGAAGCGCCGACCAUACCUACGGACCGCGUCGAUGUAGUAUCCCUGAGCAAGGUACUUACCCUGAAUUGCUCCAGUAAAAUUACCCAGCUGUAUAAAUGGGUAAAUAAUUGUAGGCAGACUAACACCGUAAGUCGCUUUGGAGAAAAUUGUCAGAUACAUGUACAUGCGGGCAUUUUCCGUGAUGUGUAACGCAAAGCAGAUCACAGUGUCAAAAAUCAUGAGUGUGCAAUUUUUGCAAGUUCAUGAUCAAGGUGCAACAGUUGCGCUGGAGAAAUCUUGUGAAAAUGAAAGGCACACACGAAAGAAGUUAAAAAGAUUCCGCACACACAAAACAAAUGUGUAGAGAGGCACAAAUAAGCUGUUUAAAAUUGACCCCAUACAAAAACAAGAAUGAAAAAUAACUGAUCCAGGGUUUAAUUGAUGCACUUUCAUGUAGAGUGUAGAGAAAGAAAAAUGCAAAGAAGCACUUCCUUGUCUCCACCACGACCCCGUCACCAGGGUCGGUGCUGCACCAAGAAGGCCUGCGAUGAUGUGUGUCUUCUGCCCGGUCAGGGCUUCUCCAUCUCUCGUGAGCUUCACGUGAGGAACUGAGGCUCUGUUCACCCGGCCUCCUCUGAGCACCACACCGUUAUCGCCCCUCACCCGGCCAGUGCCUGGAACCCAGACAUUUGAGGAACUCCUGAAGGCCAGCGCAUGACUAUUAACCUCAUGAAAGAACGGCAUUUCAGCCAAGAAGUUCUUCCUUCCUGAUUGCAAGUUAAUUGCUGAGAACAAACUGAGGUCCUCAUUCACUAGAUAGUCUCCAGAACACAUCCUGUCCAAAUUACAUCCUGAUAUCCUAGAAAAGUGCGGAGUCCCCGGUUACACAAAACCUUAAAUCGGGGAUUGUUGGAAGACCUUGCCGACAACAAGUUCACCUCUUACAAGAACGCUGGCUUCCUAAUUGGAAAAACAGAAACGUUAUAAAAAUUAAAGAUUUAAUCACAUGCUAAACCCACAGAAGCUGGUCUAGGAAUUCUAUUUCACUGCAAUUAUUCCAUAAUGGUGACUAAAAAAGGCAACUCCUUCACCUGAGAAAUCAUGUCACUUCAGAUAUGCACAUCUUGGCCAGUACAGUGUAGAAAGCCUGGGCAGAAUAAAUCUCAGUUUUUGAAUGGUGAAUGGCUGAGGUCAGACACAAGAAUGUCAGUGGUAUGAUUACAUAAGUACAGAGGUAUUACUGGGGCACGUCUUCCCAGGUGGACAAUUGGCACCGUGUCUCUCACCGUCCUCGGUCCCGUUCGCGGUCCAUACAGCCAGUCCACCUCUUCGGCACGGCGUGUCUUUCGGCAUAGCUGCCGUGAUCCGGGACUCGCUCUCCGCUGCCUCCUGUAGGUCGACCAGAUGGCGAGUCGCCGAGACCUGAGGAACAGCCUCUAAAGGCUCGACAGCUGCAUGAUGGGAAAAGUCAUCCCUCUCUUCCCUUAGAGGUGAUGUCAGAGAACGGUGUCAGUUAUCCUUCCCGUAGAGCUGUUCGUGACGUGUGUGUCGCCACUGCAGGAGCUCCCAGCAGUAACACAGCGAGAAACUCCCUGCCCUUCCUCCAGACCCACCAUCCAUCAAACACGCAACAGGCAGAAGCCGUAGGCGGAGGGCAAGCACACACUUGUCCUCACGUGUCAGCUGCCUGCUGCACCAUGCUGCAGAAAACACACACACCCACAUAACCAGUACUGUAAGUAAUGCAAAUACCGUACUGUCAGUGCCCACACACACACACACACACACACACACACACACACACACACGCACACACAGUACUGUGAAGAGACCAAUGCAAAUCUUCUCAUGUACGUGUGUUGCAUUUAAUAAUGUUUAGUAACAAUUUGCUUAAUAAUGGAAAGGCUUUUAUGUAUCUACUCGUGUGACGAACGCUGAUUCAUAUGGUGGAAUGUGACAAACUGACUGGACGCUACAAUCAAGCGUCUGCAUCCAAGUGUCUCUUUCCGUUGAUUUCCAUAAUGAACUCUUUGCAUUGUUCUCCCAAGAUGUACGUCGCUUUGAGAAAAGUAUCUGCUAAAUGAGUAAAAGAAAAUGUAUUCGG